GCCGUGGUAGCCUACCGACUCCGGUGCGGAGGGCAGAGCCGACUGGGUGUGGGAGCGCCCGCCGCCUUGACUCCAGUCUUCCUCCAGUAGCUGCGCCGAGCCUGCACUCACUUCUUUCCUGUUUCUGAAUUUGAACCGUCGGACCCACCGUCUAGCAGUCCACUCGUGAGGCCUGGGGCGAUGGACCCGUUCACCGAGAAGUUGCUAGAACGAACACGUGCCAGACGAGAGAAUCUUCAGAGAAAAAUGGCUGAGAGGCCUACGGCAGCAGCAAGGUCUGCACCGCAUGCGAAGCGAGGCAGAGAGCCACUUUCAGAAGCAAGUAAUCAGCAACAGCCCCUAGCAGGGGGCGAAGAAAAGUCUUGUACAAAACCAUCACCAUCAAAAAAACGUUGUUCUGACAAAAUUGAAGUGGAAGCUCCAGACUUAGAAAAUAAAGAGCCUGCUGAUGCCGCAAAGCCUUGUUCUCCAAGGCCUGCACCCCGACAGACGAAGCCCCCCACACCAGCCCCUGCCAGUGACUCUGUGGCUGCCCCAGCAUCACUCCUCAGCCUGGGCAGAGGGCUGAAUUCAAGACCAGAAGCAUCCGCAGCCUCCUCAGUUAAAACUCGAAUGCAGAAGCUUGCUGAGCAGCGGCGCCAUUGGGAUAGUGACAUCACAGAUGAUGUAUCAGGAAGCUCACACUUCUCACCAAUGCCAUUUGAGGAAAAGGCUGCCUCACCUUCCAAGCCACCCAUUUCAAAUGCCUUAGCUACCCCAGUUGGGAGAAGGGGCCGUCUGGCCAACCUUGCUGCAACGAUUUGCUCUUGGGAAGAUGAUGUAAGCCACUCAUCUGCAAAGCAAAAUAGUGUACAAGAACAGCCUGGUACCACUUGUUUAUCCAAAUCUUCCUCUGCAAGUGCAGCAUCUGCUAGUAUCAAUAGUAGCAGUGUUCAGCAGGAAGCUACAUGCUGUUCCCAAAGGGAUGGCAAUGCCUCUGUCAGGAAAGACCCAUCUUCAAAUGCUGCUGAUGGAUCUUUGCUUAAAGCCUCAGUGUCCAGCUCUGUGAAAGCAUCUUCCCCUGUGAAAUCUGGUGCAUUCAUCACUAAAAACUGUGAGGUACAAAAUCCUGAGCUACUUCACAAAACUGUUAGUCCUCUGAAAACAGAGUCAUUGAAACCAUGUGAGAAGCCAAGUUUAUCCCAGGCAGUUCAGCCCAAAGAGGAAGCUAACAGAGAAGUUUGUCUACAGUCACAAUCCCAGGACAAACUUGCAACACCAGGAGGAAAAGGAAUUAAGCCUUUUCUGGAACGCUUUGGAGAGCGUUGUCAAGAACACAGUAAAGAAAGUCCAACUUACAGAGCAUCUCAUAGAACCCCAAAUAUCACUCCAAAUACAAAAGCCAUCCAGGAAAGAUUAUUCAAGCAAAAUGCAUGCUCAUCCACUACCCAUUUAGCCCAGCAGCUCAAACAGGAACGUGAAAAAGAAUUGGCAUGUCUUCGUGGUCGAUUUGACAAGGGCAACUUAUGGAGUGCAGAAAAGGAUGAAAAGUCAAGAAGCAAACAGCUAGAAACCAAACAGGAAGUUCACUGUCAGAGCACUCCCCUCAAGAAACAUCAAAUUGUCUCAAGCACCCUGCCGAUUUCUGUGACAGAUAAGGUGGCUGACAAUGGAACAGCAGUGACAGUUUCUAGUGCAGAGCCUGCAGGCUCCACUGAAAGCGAAAUGACAAAAUCCAGCCCUUUGAAAAUAACAUUGUUUUUAGAAGAGGAAAAGUCCUUAAAAGUAGCGUCAGACCCAGAGGCUGAACAGAAGACUGAAGUAGUACGUGAAGUUGAGAUGAGUGUGGACGAUGAAGAUAUUAAUAGCUCCAGAGUCAUUAACGACAUCUUCAGUGAUGUCCUGGAGGAAGGGGAACUGGAUGUGGAAAAGAGCCAAGAGGAGAUGGACCAAGUGGGAGCAGAGAACAGUGAGGAGCAGGAAGAUGCACUGAAUAUCUCCUCAAUGUCUUUACUUGCUCCACUAGCUCAGACUGUUGGUGUGGUGAAUCUAGAGAAUGUAAUUUCUUCACCUAAAUCGGAAUUGAGAGACACUAGCCUAAGUGCUGCAAGUCCUAAACCAGGAAAAUUCCAGAGAACCCGUGUCCCUCGAGCCGAAUCUGGUGAUAGCCUCAGUUCUGAGGACCGGGACCUUCUUUAUAGCAUUGAUGCAUAUAGGUCUCAAAGAUUCAAGGAAACAGAACGCCCUUCCAUAAAGCAAGUGAUUGUUCGAAAGGAAGAUGUCACUUCAAAAUUGGGUGAAAAGAAUGUCUUUUCUGGUCAAGUUAAUAUCAAACAAAAAAUGCAGGAGCUCAAUAAUGACAUAAAUUUGCAGCAGACAGUGAUCUAUCAGGCCAGUCAGGCUCUCAACUGCUGCGUUGAUGAAGAACAUGGGAAAGGAUCUCUGGAAGAAGCUGAAGCAGAAAGACUCCUUCUGAUUGCAACUGAGAAAAGAGCACUUCUGAUUGAUGAACUGAAUAAGCUGAAGAGUGAAGGACCUCAGAGGAGAAACAAGGCCGGUGUCAUAUCCCAGAGUGAAUUUGCCCCAUCUAAAGGGUCAGUCACUUUGUCAGAAAUCUGCUUGCCUCUGAAGGCAGAUUUUGUCUGCAGCACUGCACAGAAACCAGAUGCAUCAAAUUACUACUACUUAAUUAUGCUAAAAGCUGGGGCUCAACAGAUGGUUGCCACACCGUUAGCAAGUACCACAAACUCUCUCAGUGGUGAUGCGCUGACGUUUCCCACUACGUUUACUCUGCAUGAUGUUUCCAAUGACUUUGAAAUAAAUGUUGAAGUUUACAGCCUGGUACAAAAGAAAGAUUCCUCAGGCCCCGAUAAGAAGAAGAAAGCAUCGAAGUCCAAGGCUAUUACUCCAAAGAGACUCCUCACAUCUAUAACUUCAAAAAGCAGCCUUCAUUCUUCAGUUAUGGCUAGUCCAGGAGGUCUCAGUGCUGUGCGCACCAGCAACUUUACCCUCGUUGGAUCUCACACACUGUCGCUAUCUUCUGUUGGAGACACUAAGUUUGCUUUGGACAAGGUACCUUUUUUAUCUCCACUGGAAGGUCACAUCUGUUUAAAAAUGAGCUGUCAAGUGAAUUCAGCUGUUGAGGAGAAAGGUUUUCUUACCAUAUUUGAAGAUGUUAGUGGCUUUGGUGCCUGGCAUCGAAGAUGGUGUGUUCUCUCUGGCAACUGUAUCUCUUACUGGACUUACCCAGAUGAUGAGAGGAGAAAGAAUCCCAUAGGACGGAUAAAUCUGGCCAAUUGUAUCAGUCAUCAGAUAGAACCAGCCAACAGAGAAUUUUGUGCAAGACGUAACACUCUGGAAUUAAUUACUGUCCGACCACAAAGAGAAGAUGACCGAGAGACUCUUGUCAGCCAAUGCAGGGACACCCUCUGUGUCACUAAGAACUGGCUCUCUGCAGAUACUAAAGAAGAGCGGGAUCUCUGGAUGCAGAAGCUCAACCAGGUCAUUGUUGAUGUUCGCCUCUGGCAGCCUGAUGCAUGCUACAAGCCUGUGGGAAAGCCUGUGGGAAAGCCUUAAACCAAGGGGCUGCUAUACCAUGCCAGACUUUGCUAGCUGUGUCAAAAGUGUCUUAAGAAGACAUAGUUAGAAGCACCAGAUUUGCAAGUUUUAUUUUAUGCUUUAAAUAUAAAAGGGUAUGUGCAAAUAUUCACUACAUAUUAUGCAGUAUUUAUAUCUUUUCUAUGUAAAACUUCACCCAGUUUGUCUUGCAUUCAUAUGUGUUUGACAGUGUAACAACAUUCAUGAGAAUUGAUAUUCAUGCUGAAUAUAACACCAAGAGCCUGUAGAUACCUCACCAGCCAGUUAGUCAUGACAAAAGGAUACAUUGUAACCAAGUUCUGCAGUGUCCUCUGGAGCUGUGGGCUUCACGGUAUUAAAGUCUCCUGUAGGUUGCAAACAGAAACAUCUAGUUUGAUGAGUCCUUCUCCAGCCCCAGUGGUUUUUUUUAUAAAGAUUGUGGCCAUUCAUGGCUCAUGAUACGUCUAGAGUACUGAAUGCAAUCUCAAAGGGUUUCCAGGACACAUUUAGUAAGGAGAUGAGAAGAAAAACAACAAACACUUACUAGCUUAAGCUGGUUGGAGCUGCUUUCUGAAGAGCUGUGGCAAUGACACAGUGACAUCUGGGGCUGAAUAUUCUAUGCAGAAGUAUUAAGAAUCACACAGCUUGCAUUCACUCAGAUCCUGUGUGCAGUGUGGGGCACAUUUUCACAGUGUUCAGGCUUUAUUAAAUAGUUAUUUUUCAUAAAGUUUAGAGCCCUCAUAUUAACAUAUUAGCUUUUCCCCUUACAAUAAGAACAAAUGUAAACUGCAGAAUGCGUACAUAAGAACCUUUACCGAGCUGCUGUGACUGCUCCCUUGCUGCCCAGAGUUCUUGUCUUAUUUUCCUUCCUGUUUAUUUAUGACACUUUCUACAAAUCUGUUUUGAGAUCACUGAAAAAUAGAGUAAGCUAUGUAUUACCUUUAAAAACCCAAUACCUUCUUGCAAUUUAAAAAUAUUGAAAUGUGUGGCUUCAGUUUUUAAAUACAUUUUGUAUUUCUUCUCUGACUGUUAAUUAUUGAUGGUUUCAUUUAUAAACACUAAAUUCUAUCACUUGCCAUUAUAUUUCUUACUCAUUUAAAUGUGUAUUGUCUUAUGUAUAUUAUAAAAGUAUUUUAUGACCUCCUAUAUAAAUAAAUAACUGUAAAUUGUCAAAGGCAUCAGUUAUUUAAGAAAUCCUCUGUGAUGUACUGCUGUAUCUGUCCUGGUUGUGUGUGGGAGAAUGUGCUGACAGUAUGCCAUAUCUAGCCUAGUCUUUGUCUUACAGAAUCAUCUUGGGGUUGGGGUUACAUGGGCAGGUGUGUGAAGGACCCUUCUGGGGAUUUCAGCAGAGUGUGGUGAUGGGGUGCACAUUUGAAGAGGAGGUGGAGGAGACUGAGUGGUCAGCAGCUAGAACAGGAGCAGGUUGAAAGGACUGAUAAGGUCAUUAUGGGCAAUGACCCAUUUCGUUUCC